GGCCCUGCGCGGGGCGGGGAGCGGGCUUGUCUUCCGCCGAGGGGCUGCCGAGGCCGGCGUGCGAGCGUCGACAUGAAUUUCCUCCGCGGGGUCAUGGGCGGCCAGAGCGCCGGACCCCAGCACACCGAAGCCGAGACGAUCCAAAAGCUCUGUGACCGAGUAGCUUCUUCUACUCUACUGGAUGAUCGAAGAAAUGCUGUUCGUGCUCUCAAAUCUCUAUCUAAGAAAUACCGCUUGGAAGUGGGAAUACAAGCUAUGGAACAUCUUAUCCAUGUUUUACAAACAGACCGUUCGGAUUCUGAAAUAAUUGGAUAUGCUUUGGACACACUGUAUAACAUAAUAUCUAAUGAUGAAGAGGAAGAACUAGAUGAUAUUGAAGAAGAAAAUUCCACAAGACAAAGUGAGGAUUUGGGAAGCCAGUUUACAGAAAUAUUUAUUAAGCAGCCAGAAAAUGUCACUCUGCUGUUAUCUUUAUUGGAGGAGUUUGAUUUCCAUGUCCGCUGGCCUGGUGUGAGGCUUCUCACUUCUCUUUUAAAACAACUUGGGCCUCAAGUACAACAAAUUAUUUUAGUGAGCCCCAUGGGUGUUUCAAGACUGAUGGACCUCCUGGCAGAUUCAAGAGAAGUUAUACGUAAUGAUGGUGUCCUACUACUGCAGGCACUAACAAGAAGCAAUGCAGCAAUCCAGAAAAUUGUUGCUUUUGAAAAUGCUUUUGAGAGACUACUGGACAUUAUUACAGAAGAGGGGAACAGUGAUGGAGGUAUAGUUGUUGAAGACUGUUUGCUUUUGCUCCAAAACUUACUAAAAAACAACAAUUCAAAUCAAAAUUUUUUUAAAGAAGGCUCGUAUAUCCAGCGAAUGAAACCUUGGUUUGAAGUUGGAGAUGAAAACUCUGGCUGGUCUGCACAGAAAGUGACUAACCUCCAUCUGAUGCUGCAGCUCGUGCGGGUACUGGUCUCACCCACCAACCCUCCCGGUGCCACCAGUAGCUGCCAGAAGGCUAUGUUCCAGUGUGGGUUACUGCAGCAGCUUUGCACUAUCCUAAUGGCUACUGGGAUUCCUGCUGAUAUCCUCACGGAGACCAUAAACACCGCAUCAGAAGUCAUUCGAGGCUCCCAGGUGAACCAGGACUACUUUGCUUCUGUAAAUGCACCUUCCAACCCUCCAAGGCCGGCAAUUGUAGUACUUCUCAUGUCCAUGGUUAAUGAGAGGCAGCCAUUUGUGUUGCGUUGUGCGGUUCUCUACUGUUUCCAGUGUUUCUUGUAUAAAAACCAAAAAGGACAAGGAGAAAUUGUGUCAACGCUUCUUCCUUCUACUAUUGAUGCAACAGGUAAUUCGGUGUCAGCUGGUCAGUUGCUAUGUGGAGGUUUGUUUUCUACUGAUUCGCUGUCAAACUGGUGUGCUGCUGUGGCCCUUGCCCAUGCUUUGCAAGAAAACGCUACUCAGAAAGAACAGUUACUCAGGGUUCAACUCGCUACAAGUAUUGGCAACCCUCCUGUGUCUUUAUUGCAGCAGUGCACCAACAUCCUCUCACAGGGAAGCAAAAUACAGACAAGAGUUGGAUUAUUAAUGUUGCUUUGUACCUGGCUAAGCAACUGUCCAAUUGCAGUAACACAUUUUCUUCACAACUCAGCCAAUGUUCCAUUUCUUACAGGACAAAUUGCAGAAAAUCUUGGAGAAGAAGAGCAGUUAGUCCAAGGCUUAUGUGCCCUUUUAUUGGGUAUUUCAAUUUACUUUAAUGAUAACUCACUUGAAAACUACAUGAAAGAGAAACUAAAACAACUAAUAGAAAAAAGGAUUGGCAAAGAGAAUUUCAUAGAGAAACUAGGAUUUAUUAGCAAACAUGAAUUGUACUCCAGAGCGUCACAGAAACCCCAGCCAAACUUCCCCAGUCCAGAAUAUAUGAUAUUUGACCAUGAGUUUACAAAGCUGGUAAAAGAACUUGAAGGUGUUAUAACUAAAGCUAUUUAUAAGUCCAGUGAAGAAGAUAAGAAAGAGGAAGAGGUAAAGAAAACACUGGAACAGCAUGACAACAUCGUGACUCACUAUAAGAACAUGAUUCGCGAGCAGGAUCUGCAACUGGAGGACUUGAAGCAGCAGUUAUCUACACUGAAGUGUCAGAACGAGCAGCUGCAGACCGCAGUCACACAGCAGGCCUCUCAGAUCCAGCAGCACAAGGACCAGUACAAUCUGCUGAAAGUGCAGCUGGGAAAAGACAGUCGUCAUCACGGCUCUCACCCUGAUGGUACUCAGGUGAACGGCAUCCAGCCAGAAGAAAGCAGCGGGUUGAGAGAAGAGAUAGAAGAGUUAAAGAGGAAUCAGGAGCUGUUACGCAGCCAGCUGGCUGAAAAGGAGUCUUUGAUUGAAAAUUUAAAAUCUUCCCAGACGUCUGGUGGGAGUGACCAGUCUUCAGCAGCAGCUUCCGGUCAGGACUCAGAGCAGGUGGCGGAGCUGCAGCAGGAACUGGCCACACUAAAGUCUCAAUUAAACUCACAAUCUGUAGAGAUCACCAGACUACAGACAGAAAAGCAUGAGCUGCUGCAGAAAACAGAAGCCUUUGCAAAGUCAGUUCCUGUACAAGGAGACAGUGGGCAUGUCUCAGCUGCUAAAGCCACUGAUGUGGAAGGAAGGCUGUCCGCCCUGCUACAAGAAACAAAAGAAUUAAAGAAUGAAAUUAAAGCUCUGUCCGAGGAAAGAACAGCCAUUAAAGAGCAGCUGGAUUCCUCGAACAGCACUAUUGCCAUUUUACAAAACGAGAAAGACAAGUUAGAGCUGGAGAUCACGGAUUCUAAGAAAGAACAAGACGAUCUCUUGGUGCUAUUGGCUGAUCAGGAUCAGAAGAUUCUGUCACUGAAGAGUAAACUCAAGACUCUUGGUCAUCCAAUUGAAGAAGAUGAAGAAUCUGGAGACCAGGAUGAUGAGGAUGACGACAAUGAUGACUGCGACAAGGACCAGGACCAGAUCUAGUUGUGGACUCUGUGGUGGAAGAGGUUGUGUUUUCCUUUGAAGAAGUCUUAGGGCAGUGCUUUGGUUUGCCUCCACAGGAAAUAAAGAUUUAUAAAUCAAGUGGAAA